AUGGUUUCUGCUCCAGUUGCUACUCCACCUGCACAGCCAGCUAGGAGUGGAGGACAGGCAGUUUCAGUAGUGAGGGAGCUCCCAGAUAUGUUUCCAGCAGACCUACUAGGCAUGACACCCAAUAGGGAUAUUGAUUUUCGUAUUGACUUGGUGCUGGGGACUCAGACCAUAUCUAUUCCACUAUACUACAUGGCACCAGGUGUGAGGCUAUUCUCGAAGAUUGACUUGAGUUCGGGGUACCAUCAGUUAAAGAUCAUGGCUUUAGAUAUUGAGAAUACAACUUUCAAGACUCGUUAUGGCCACUAUGAGUUCUUGGUGAUGUCUUUUGGGCUGACGAAUGCCCUAGUAGCUUUCAUGCACUUGAUGAAAAACGUGUUUCAGUCUUAUCUUGAUUCCUUCAUCGUCGAUUUCAUUGAUGAUAUAUUGGUGUAUUCUCGCAGCCGAAGGGAGUGUGAGCAGCAAUUGAGGAUCGUGCUCCAGCUUUGA